CUUCUGACACCUGUGGCAUGCGCGAUUACCCCACCAUUGUUACUGCAGCAAGCUGUCAGGCACCUCGUAUGGAACCUUGCACCCCGCAGUCCUUCUUGAAUCGAGCACCGAACCACAGCUGGUUCUUUUUUUUUAUUUGAAGGCUCCUUUAUGGAGAGGUGACAAUGUCGAAACAAUACCUCACCGCGCAUACGGUGGACGAAGCCCACCCGUCAGAUAUCUUUUCGCUCGCCCCUACCCCGACCUGUCUCCUCUCCGCAAGCGGCUCCUCAUCCCUUCGUGUCCACGGCACCACAGACGCCACCUUCCCCCUCCAACAAACCAUUCCUAAUGCCCACAAGCUCGGGUGCCACCACAUCUGCACAGCGCGCGGCGGCGUCGGCGCCGUCGCAGCCAGCGUAGGUUUUGGGGGUGAGAUCAAGGUCUGGACCUAUGGGAACCCUGCCGAAGACGGCGACAACAACAACAACAAGAACAACAACAGAAACAUCAAGGACAACGCUUCCUCGCAGAAAGAAUGGAAGCUGCACUGGGAACUGCCCCCCAGCAAGACUGACGGCGGCGACGUGUGGGCGGUGGCGCUGAGCGCCGACGAGGGCUAUCUCGCGUGCACGACGAGCGACGGGCGGAUCCACGUGUGGGACAUUGAGGCGCGCGAGAGGAUCCAGACGUACGAGACGGGGGCGCGUGGGGGCGGGAGCUUUGCCAUGGCCGUGGACCUGAGCCGCGACGGGCGGCUGACGGCGAGCGGGCACGAGAGCGGCGCGGUGUACGUGUUCAACAACGAUGCGGGGAGGAUGGUGUAUUCGCUUUCUGGUCUGGCGAAACCCGUGAGGGCGGUUGCCUUCUCACCCGGGUGCAAACGUCUUGCGGCGGCAGGCAACGCGGGCGUGAUUGCAAUCUACGACAUGGAGCAUGGAGAGCAUGUGGGCAACCUUACGACACCGACGAGCAGACCCGCGUGGAUCACCUCGCUGGACUGGAACGACACGGGUGAGUAUCUCCUCACCGGAGCGUUGGACGGCAAGGUCAAGGUUUGGGAUGUGGCCCGCGGCGUGUGCGUGGCGACGCACAGCGAGACGGAGUCGGCCUUGUGGAGUGUGAGGUGGCUGCCCAAGACAGAGCGGGCGUUGGGACCUGGUAUGGGGAAGAGCGAGAUGUUUUGCGCGGCAGGGGCAAGCCGGAGUAUCACCUUCUACAGGGAGGCCACCGGGUCUUGAGCGUUGGUGAGAAGUCUCAUAUCUUUACUUAGGGCUGCCCGAGAGUCCGACUAGACAUCAUCGUC